AUGCAGCUCAGCCCGUUGCAGUCGCGACUGGUUGCGACGGUAGCCGCAUCCUGUCUUCUCGUUCUUCUCUACCUGACCCUAUCGUCGCCGCAUUUCGCCCUCGCCGCAGAGCUCGACAACGGUGUUGCGACCCCAGCGACGCAUCUUCCCAUACUAGACGACGUUACGAUUCUACAAGACCGUGAUGAUCAAGAGAAAGUCGCAGUAGAGGAAGGGGGAGAGAACGACGCUGCAGAGGCAUUCAGGCGUCGUGCGGUGGCAUACGAACCUUACUUUGGCCUGUUCGAUAGAGGGAUUGUGGGAAGGGCGCCGGCAGGCGUGACGGGCCUCGCGAAUAACGUCCCGCAACAGCUGAAUCUGGACCCGAGUACUACGCAGGUGUACGUUUUCGAGAAGAUUCAGAUGUUUGGAAGGAGAGAAGCCCCGGCGUCCCGUAUCGAACUUCGAGAUGAGCUGGGCAGUGAGCGAGAGACUGGACAAGAUGGAGAGUUGGACGACGAGCGUGCCUCGUUAUUGCCGAGGCAGUCGUCCAAGACUGUGUUCAUAUCUGCAAAUACCUGCAUGCAGCCGCAACUCAAGCCCGACAAGACAGCCAUGGACCCUCCGCAGCUGACCAUGUACGUGUCAAACACGUCCAAGAACCAGUCACCCGGACCCAAGGCGGACCCUUCGCAACAGACAUUCCAGGUGUUUCAAGAAGGAGCAGUCAUGUUGAACAUGACUGCAUCUGAUGACAUCUUCAUUGGCAUCUCUGCACCCAAUAUUUCGAUGGACUUUACGGGCAUUUGGAACUUUGAGCUGGCAGUAUCGAUCGACAGCUGGUACCACAGCUACAACAACGAUAUCGCCUCUGAUCUCAUCUGGGUCGAUAGUGAUGCCUCUGCGGCCUUGCUCAUCACUCACAACCUGACGCAGAGCACCGACCCGGCCGUCAGCGAUGAGCUGAUGAGCAAGCAACCGUAUGUGAUGUUUGCGCAGAACGACAAGGACAAGUCUAUCAACGGUGUGCGCUUCUCGUACUGCGGUCUGCAGAACUAUGCGCAGAUUGCGGCAACCAAGAACGGCAAGUUCACCAACAUGGUCUUGACCGGUAUGACCAAGCGAGGCCAGGGCAACCUGCCCAAGCAAGAGUUCUAUUUUAUGGGGUUGAAUUCCAGCUCCAAUUAUCAAGGUAUCUUGGCCAAGAGUGGCACGAAUGGCACAGCUGGCAGUGGUAUCAUCGGCGGCGGCGGUCACAUUGUGUCCAGGGCGACCCAGUUCAACACAAAGUCUGUGGGCGGUAAUUGCGAAAUUAUAUUCAACCUGACCUUCUGCAACCAGACGGCCUAUGCGGUGCCCAGCAACCCCAGCAAAUUUACCAAUGUCACUAACCUGGCGCAAUUCUACGACAACCUGGCGAGCUCGGCGUACGACAACUUCAAGAAAGUGCUGGCCCAGAUACCCUGUGAAGCACCGUCCACGGAACGCUACUCGCUGGCGCGCAACUGCACGGACUGCGACGUUGCCUACAAGAACUGGCUUUGCUCGGUGACGAUCCCGCGCUGCGAGGACUUCUCGGUCAACCACCCGUGGCUGCAGCCCCGCGCUAUGGGCCAGCCCUUCCCGGACGGCACCCAGCUGGAUGCUGCAGCCGUGCAACCGUACGCCAAUUUCAAAGACCAAGCGGCGUAUAACAAUUCGCGCAACCCGGCCAUCGACGCAGGUGUGGCGCCGGGCCCGUACAAGGAGGUCCUCCCCUGCGACGACCUCUGCUACAAUCUCGUGCAGAGCUGUCCGGCCUCAAUGGGGUUCUCGUGCCCCAUGCCGGGGAGCCCCGGGUUCAAUACGAGCUACGGGCGGCGAGACAACGAGCUGGACCGCGAUGGCGAUGUCACCUGCAAUUACCCUGGUGCGGCACACUUCAUCUCAGAUGCCAGACGCACCUCGAUGCCGUGGGGUCUGUUCUUCGGUAUGAGCGGUGUGGUAGCUCUGGCCUUGCUCUAG